AGUGACGUCACGGAUGUGUCCUUAACAUCUUUAAUGGAGUGACGAUCUUGUCUUUUUGUGGCUAACAAGACGAAGCUGAGUCGCUUGGCGGCAAGUGUCCGCUCAACGCUCAGUUUAUGACCAGGCAGGAUGUUGCGUCUUCGCUGUAAGACCAAAAACGGGAGCCAUGUCAUGCAGGGUUUGACUCACCAGUCGUGUGUCCAAGAGCUCAAGAAGAAAGUUGAAGAGCUGACAGGAAUCCCCUGCGAUGUGCAGAAGAUCAUGGUGGGCUACCCGCCCUCCAGCCUGGACCUCCAGAACGGGGACGCUCACCUGAAGGACUACCCCAUCAAGUCUGGUGACACGCUCAUUGUGGAGGAGGACAAAAACAAGCCAAAGCCAAUCGAUCUUCCUUCUGUGACUAAAACGCCCCGCCUGGAGACCUCGCCGGUCCUGGCGCGGCGCGUGGUCCCAGCGGACAACUCGUGCCUCUUCACUAGCGUUAACUAUGUGGUAGAAGGUGGUGUUUACGACCCGGCGUGCGCCCCCGAGAUGCGGGGCCUCAUCGCCCAGAUAGUGUCCAGCAACCCGGCAGCGUACUCCGAAGCGGUGCUGGGCAAAACCAACGAGGACUACUGCACUUGGAUUCGCCGCGACGACACGUGGGGUGGCGCCAUCGAGGUGUCCAUCCUGUCCAAGUUCUACCAGUGUGAGAUCUGCGUGGUGGACACUCAAACGGUGAGAGUGGACCGAUUCGGCGAGGACGCCGGCUACCGUAAGCGCGUGCUGCUCAUCUACGACGGCAUCCAUUACGACCCGUUGGAGAAAGAGGUACCGGGCUCCGGAGCCCCACCUCAAACCAUCUUCUCCACCUUUGACGACGUCAUUCUGGCUCAGGCUCUCGAGCUGGCGGACGAGGCUCGCCGCAAGCGCCAGUUCACGGACGUAAACCGCUUUGCGUUGCGCUGCAUGGUGUGCCAGACGGGCCUGGUGGGACAGAAGGAGGCGCGGGAGCACGCCAAGGAGACGGGCCACACCAACUUUGGUGAAGUGUGAAAUCCCCCCCCUCCCCACCGCCGCCCCCAUCUCGCAAAUACAGCCAACAGUUGUCCACCUUUCACGUGAUCGUCUACCUCACGUCGUCCACUUGACAUUCAUGUCGACGCACCUCUUCAGUGUUCCGCUUUCUACUAAUGACUAACACCAUUUCAGUCCAUUGUUGGACCUGCCUGGACCGGUCUAGGUUUUAUCAUGACAUCACAUAAAAGAAUCACCACAUUGUCAGCACUUUUUAUGUGAUGAUACACUUCACCACUGGGGGCAGCACUGUUGGACUGUUACUCAUUAUUAUCGUCACCUCCCCCAAAACAUGGAUGUCCCUAGUCAAACUUGGCAAGAAUCCACACCCGAUGACACACGGUUAGAUAGCGAGAGAUGCGAUGAAAACACGCUAUAUCAAAGCAUUGAUUUAGCAAUCUCUCCAGGUGGUAUUACAACAUGAUUUGGUUUUAGCUAUUAAGAUCCGAAAUUGUAGCCGCUGACUCAGCGAUAAAGGGUUUGCGAGUGAGACUUUUCUGCAGGUUUUUUUUUUUUUUUUGAGAUUUUGAACAAUAGACUGCAACCGUUUUUAGUGUUGAGGAUGAUUUUAAAGCGAAGGCAAGCAAUGGUGCUGUAAACUUGGGCAAAACUGGCUUGUUGAAAGUUGCUGAUGGUGACUUCAAGCACAAAGUGUCGAAACGCUGCUUUUGAGGUCGAUCAUUUUAAACCUCAAACACUGAAUGCAUCUUAAUCAUUGUGGCCUGUCCAACAUCAGUACCAAGUUGUUGCCAAAAACAAUAAUGGGGCUUUUUUUUUUCCACGUGGCUGCAUAUUAUUAUUAUUAUUAUGAGUCUUGUCACUUUUGGUUUUCAUGUGAAAUACUUGACUUGUCAUUUUAUCCUUUAGAUGUGCAGACACUACCGUAUUUGAAUUUCAUUUACAAGUUCUCAUGACUCUUCAAUGAAUGUCACACACAAAACUACACAAUAACUGGAUUUACUUGAGUUUUUUUUUCCUUUGGUGUCGACUCACAAUUAAAAACUAUGGCA